AUGGCGGCGCACGCCGGCUGCCGCGCGCCGCUGGCCGAGCGCUGGCGGCCCGAGCUGCUGGUGCGCCUGCUGCGGCCGCUGCCGCCCGUACCGGACGGACGACCCCGCCACUACACGGCCGCUGAGGUGGUGGUCGGAGCGCUGGAGCUGGCGCGCGCCCUGGCCAACGAGAACGCCGGCUGGCUGGAGGCGCAGCUGGAGCUGCUGCGUGACGCGCGCCUGCUGGCCUGGCUGGGCCGCGCGCUGUCGGCCGACGACCGGGAUCUGGUGCAGAGGGCGCUGCGGCUCCUCUGUGCCGGCAGUCUGCGUGAUGACAGCGUGCAGCAGCUGACCGACUCGCUGGCGUGUCAGCGCGCGGGCGCAGCGGCGGCGGCGACCGGAGACGCGACGGUGGCGCCGCCCUACCGGCCGCCGAUCGAACUGAGCCAGACGACUGUGGAGCGGGUGGACGCGGUGCUGGCGCGGCUGCAGCAGGAGCGGGGAGACGCGAAGGAGAAUGUCUCUCUGGUGGACACGAUGGAGCUGUACGAGUUCAAGGUGGCCGCGCUCACUGAGACGGUGGCAGAGCUGGAGCAGGCGCUGCAGGCUGCAUCUGCGCUCACCACCUCUCUGCGACUGCAGGGCGCCCAGGCCGCCGCUGAGAACGCGGCGGUGCGCCGGCUGCUGGUGGCCGCCGAGCGGCGCGUCGAGUCCCUCCACUCUGCCAGCCGGACGGCCGAGGCGCGCCUGGCCACCGCCGACGCCCAGCUGACCCGGGUGCGUCAGGAGCGCGACCAGUGCCAGCGCGAGACGCAGCAGCAGCACGCGGCCGCUCAGCGGCUGGAGCGCGAGCUGUCUGCGCGCUCCGAGAGUCUGCGCACCGCCCAGCAGGCGGUGACGGAGACGGAGGCGCGCCGCGCCGCGCUGGCCGAACAGGUGGCCGCGCUAACCGCCGAGAAACAGGAGCUGAGCGCGGCCCGUCAGCGUCAGGAGGCCGCGCUUCAGGAGCAGGAGAGCCGCCUGCAGGAGACGUCUCGCGCGCUGCACCAGCAGGAGCAGCAGGCGGCGGCGCUGCGCACGGAGGUCACCAACCUGGAGCUGCUCUGCAAGUCUCAGGAGCGCAGCCUGGCAGAGAAGGACGCCGAGUGUGCCGAACUGUUGGAGGACAACCGGGCGCUGCGGAAAAUCCAGGACAUGAUCCACAGCAUCAGCUCAAAGGCCGGAAAGGAGAAAAAGUGAGACGCAGCCGGGGUGGGAGUGUCGUGGGUUGUGCCGAGGAAUAGGAAGGCUGGCGAAGAUACGGGGGCAGUCGCUGCGAUGUGACGAAUGGAUAAUAAGCUGGCGACAGGCGGUGGCAUUGGGGUGACUCAAGAACCGGCGACGAUCAGUGGCGCGACAGGCGAACGAUGAUGGGAUGCCGAGCAGUUCACCGCGACGAUUAGCGAACACGAGCGGGCGUUACGUGAGGCCGAGGGCCUUUUGGAGUGGAUGGAGUGGCUGCUAGUUAGGCGAAUGGGCUGAACCAGUGCGAGGCCAACACCUUCAUGCACUUGUAGACUUGGGACCACCACCUUCAUACACUAGACCAUUGCGGGACCAGCACCUUCAUCGCGCUUUACAUUCCAAAUAUCAUCGUCUUCUUCUGAAUAUCUGAACGAUCUCUUGUAGAUUGUGGAUUCGUGGACACACUCCGCAUUACGUUGCAUGCUUUUCGGUGCUGCGUCUCGUGUUCUGUCGUUACAAUCAGUUACUGUCGAAUUUCCUGUUACAUUAACCACAAUUGAUCACCCUCCCCCAGCGGCGCCUGUAAUAGCGUGAGAGGAGAGUAGCAACUAGAUUUUAAUGCGAGUGGGAGUCAUUGUUUGAGUGCAAAAUACCCUGUUGAUCUGAAUGGAUGUCAUUUGAAACGAAUAUUACGUGUAAAUAUCAUCGUGUAUUAAGCUUU